AAUCCUUUUUGGAGCGCAUCAAACCCUCGACUUACAAAACUGGUUGGCUAGCCAUGUCGUUAGUGGCUUACGGAGACAGCAGCUCAGACAGCGAGGCAGAAGAAGGACCGGAGCCUCCAGCGGACGCCGCCAAGUCGGACGUAAGGAAGCUGCUGGGGCUCUUGCCGCCUCCGAAAGGGAGCAAACCCUCUGGCAAGCACCCAGUCCGGAUCUCUAUCCCGACUGUCAAGUCAGGGAAGGAUUCUGAUGAUGAGGAGGAAGAGUCAACUCAAGUAAAGAGAGUGAAGAUUAAAGGUGGUGCCAGUAGACUCACUGCCCUACUCCCAGAGCCCAAGUCCCACCCCAAGCAGCUCGGAGCCCUUCGACGCAGCACCACGCAGACCAUGGUCCCCUACACCCUCAGCAAACGUCGACAGGACAGCAUCAAAUCUGAGAAGCUCAAGGCAAAGAGAACCAAGUCUCGCGGUGGCGGGAAAGUGGCCACUUCGCCGGGGGAUGCCGGGAGUGACAGCGACGAAGAGCCUGUCAGCUUUUUCUCACACUUGGAGGAGACUGAGACAGACGCUAGUAGUAGCUCUGGGACUGUUGUAGCUCCUCUCAAGGUCUCGGGCCCUGUUUUUACCACUCCUUCAGCCAGCGAAUCUCUGAGUCCUGCCACUAGCAGUGAGGAGAGGGCGACAGACUCCACUCAAAUUGGUUACCCCGCCACCAGUAACCAGUCUUUCGCUGGAUAUGUUGAAGGGUCUUAUCACCAAAUCCCUUACGAUUCUUCUCAGCAACAGGAGAGAGCGUCGGAUAUUCUUGGGAGAGAUUUUCGAGUCAAGCUGCCAAUUCAGCGCCUGCAAAUUCCGCGCCGUACACUGCGCAACCGUACAUUCCUCCACAGCACAGCACUGGUGGCCGCACUGACACUGCUAAUACGCCGACUGAUGUUGCUGACGGUGAUGGUGGUGAGUCUGGUGAACCUAGUGAGGCUGGUGCUAGUGGUGAGGGUGGUGCUGGUGGUGAGGGUGGGGAAGGAGGAGAAAAGGUGAUGGAAGGGACUGGUCCGGGAGUCAUAAUAGACCAGGAAGCUCUGCGGCGGCUGGCAGGGGGAAGCCACAAACGCAGGGGUCGGGAGGAUGCUCUCAACAACAUCGUUGACAUCCUGGGAGACGAGGUCAUGGAGGACGUCCGCGUAUACCAGAGACACUAUGGGGAAGACCCUUCAAUCACCAAGCUAUAUAAAGUUGACAAUUCCAAGUUAAAGACUCCGACGAGUAACCAGAAGCGGAAGCACCAGAUCACCUGGCUAGCCCACGAGGCUAAAGAGAGAGAGUUGGACCUACAGAAGCAUUGGGCCGUGGGGAGCCAGGCCAGGAAAGACAGUCGCUCCAA